UAUCAAAAACAAAAGAGGCUGAAAAAUGAACUUACCGGCGGUUCUCCCUUGCUGUUACAAUCGGCUUCAAUGUUCUCCCUCAAUUACUCCACCAACGCAUUUCUUAAGAUUUGUCAUCCGCAAGAAACGUGGCCUUGUUUGCAGAUUGAGUGACAACAACAAGGAAGACGACUCUGUUCAAGAUGAUAAUAAUAGUCAUCAGGAUAAUGAUCAGCCAUUGGAGAAUACAAGUCUUGAAAACAAUGAUGGGCCUCAACUGAAUGAACAAACUGGAGUUGAGCCUGGGUUGAAGCAGGAUGGUACCAAUGUUCAAGUUGCGAGUGGAUCACCUCUUCCCGAUGUCAAGCAACCUCAACAACUCGAUGAAUCAAUCAGGAUCCCCAAGGAAACAGUUGAAAUUCUCAGAAAUCAAGUAUUUAGUUUUGACACAUUUUUUGUUACAAGUCAGGAGCCAUAUGAGGGUGGAGUACUAUUUAAAGGGAAUCUACGAGGACAGGCUGCAAAAACAUAUGAAAAAGUAUCAAAGAGAAUGCAGGAAAAACUUGGAGAUGACUAUACACUUUUUCUUUUAAUCAAUCCAGAGGAUGAUAAGCCUGUGGCGGUUGUCGUCCCAAGAAUGACCCUGCAACCUGAAACUACAGCUGUUCCAGAAUGGUUUGCAGCAGGGGCCUUUGGACUCGUUACAUUAUUCACUUUACUUCUUCGCAAUGUGCCAGCAUUACAAUCAAACUUGUUAUCAGUUUUCGACAAUCUUGACUUGUUGAAAGAUGGAUUUCCUGGAGCUCUAAUAACUGCCUUUCUUUUGGGGGUUCAUGAAGUUAGCCACCGUUUAGUUGCCACAGAGAUUGGGAUUAAGCUCGGCAUCCCAUAUUUUGUUCCUAGCUGGCAGAUAGGGUGUUUUGGUGCUAUAACAAGGAUUCUAAAUGUUGUACCAAAUCGUGAAGAUCUGUUGAAAGUUGCAGCAGCUGGACCAUUAGCUGGGUUCUCUGUGGGGUUUAUUCUUUUGCUUUCAGGAUUCAUCUUACCUCCUAGUGAUGGGAUUGGCAUCAUCGUAGAUCCCUCUGUGUUCCAUGAAUCAUUUCUAGCUGGUGGUAUAGCCAAGCUUCUUUUAGGAGAUGUUCUCCAGGAAGGAAGUCCUAUAUCGGUAAAUCCGCUUGUGAUAUGGGCGUGGGCUGGACUAGUGAUAAAUGCUAUCAAUAGCAUUCCUGCAGGAGAACUUGAUGGUGGUCGGAUUGCAUUUGCGAUGUGGGGAAGGAAGGCUUCAGCUCGCCUUAGUGCUUUAUCUAUUGGUCUUCUGGGAAUAUCUUCAUUAUUUAACGAUGUAGCAUUUUACUGGCUAGUCCUAAUAUUCUUCCUCCAAAGAGGGCCUAUUUCUCCACUAUCAGAAGAACUCACUCAUCCUCAAAAUAAAUACAUGGCUCUUGGAGUUGUAGUAUUGUUCUUGGGCCUCUUAAUUUGCCUCCCAUAUCCCUUUCCCUUCUCUAAUCAGCCUGCUCUCUAGACACAUGUUUUUUAGGCUCUUGGGGUUCAUUCAGUUAUUUAACUUUUAAUAAAUCAUAAUAAUGCAUGUUCACAUUAUAUAUGUUUGGACAUUUUUACUCUUUCCUUCCAAAUUUAUAAUUUAUUACGUA